AUGAUUUCAAUAUUUGCCCCUCUCAUGAUUGUGUUAGCCACACUAACACACACCACACAUGCUCAAAACUCACCACAAGACUACCUCAACGCUCACAACCGAGCACGUUCUGAAGUAGGCGUUGGCCCUAUAACAUGGGAUGCAAACGUUGCCUCUUUUGCAAAGAACUAUGUGAACAAGCUUAAAGGAAGUUGCCAGUUAGUGCACUCUGGAGGCCAAUACGGAGAGAAUCUAGCUUGGGGAAGUCCUGACCUUACUGCAACAGCCGCGGUCGAUAUGUGGAUCGACGAGAUACAAAACUACGACUACGACUCUAACUCUUGUUUCAAUGGUGAGUGCUUGCAUUAUACUCAAGUCGUUUGGCGCGAUUCGGUUCGUCUUGGUUGUGCUAGGGUGAAGUGCAGUGAUGGUCGUAGCACCAUUGUUAGCUGUAACUAUGAUCCACCAGGCAACUUUAUUGGUGAGAGACCAUUUGAGAAUAGUCCUUUUGAAAUACCAUUGAGCUUCAGGAAACAUGAUGAUGACAAGUAA